CCGAGCACCUGGAGCACAGGCGCGGGGCGCACGUGUUUCCAGCCCUUUAUACGUCCCCAAACGCUCUCCGCCCGACUGCCGCAAGCCGCCCCCCCCCCCCGGGUCUUUUCCUUGGAAGAGGGCGGGUGGAGGUUUCUCUCCCCCCGUUGCCCCGCGGGACACGACCAGCGAGGGUGACCGAGCCGGCCGCGCCGAGCACCGCAGCUCUCGCGCGGGGGGUUGCCUUUGCGGGCUGGUUUCCCCGCUUCGCUCUGCCUCCCGCUCGCAGCCGGCUCCGGCCGAGCCGGCGGCGCGAUUGGCUGCGGGUGACCCCGGGCUCAGCCCCGGGAGCCGGGGGACUCGGCGCGCCGCGCACCCUCCCCGGCCGGAGCGAGAGCCCGCGGAGCGGGGAGGCUGCGAGUUCGGACUCCGCUCCGCCGCCGCUUGAGCGCCACCCCCUCACCCGCCUGCAAUAAUAGUAACCACCGCGGCCCCCCCGCAAAGAAAAAACCCAACCCACCCCACCCGCACCGAGGAAGGGGAACCCCCCUCCCCCGCCCCGGAGCUCAUUGCAAACACCAGGCAAGGCGGCGACCGGGGGCGGGGGGCGGGGGGGGUUACUUUCCUUUUCCUUUUUUUUUUUUUUUUUGCACGCAUGCCUUUUUGUUUUAAAGCCUCCUGCCUGCAGGAUCCCGGGGUUUGCAGCGCCGAGCCGUAGCCCCGCUGCAGAGCGCGCAACUGCCCCCCCGCCCUCCGCGCCGCGGGCUGGUCCCCGCUGUCUCUGGCUGGGGCGGGGGGUGAAGCCGCUGCGGGGCUGGUUCGCGGGCGAUCCGCUCCCCUGCGGGCUGUGGGGUGGGCGGCAAGGGGGCUCGCUGCACGCCCGGCUGUCCGGAAAGGGGGGCUGGCCAGGAUGGCUGGGGUGCCCCGCUCGCUCUUGUGCCUCUGUCUGGGCUGGAGCUGCCUGUGCCUGGCGCUGGGGGACCUGCUGCGAGCUCACCUGGUGGGGCUGCGGAGGAAGGCGGCCCUGGGAGGGGUCGCGGGCGGCCAAGCCCGGGCGGCAGGUGACCCUGGCCCCGCGCAGCUGCCGCCGCCGCCGCCGGGCGACAAGGUCUCGGAACACAUGCUCCGGCUCUACGACAAGUACAGCGGCGCCCGGCGCCAGGAGCUCCCCAGCCGCCAGCCUGCGCACCUCCGGGAGGGCAACACGGUCCGCAGCUUCCGCGCCCUGCCAGCGGGGAGCCCAGGAAGCAAAGAGCCACAUGUUUUUAAUCUGACCUCCCUAACCAAGUCUGAAAAUAUCUUGUCAGCUUCGUUGCAUUAUUAUAUUGGGGACCUACUAAAUGCUACUUGGAGUUGUCCCCGAUCCGGAGGCUGCUCUCGUCAUGGACACAGGAAACCUGAAAUUCAAAUAGAUCUCUCAGUGUUGAGCUUUCCUUCUGAUGGGAACCAAACUCGAACCCUGGGACGUUUUCUAAUAAAUGUUUCCACAGCUUAUCGGGAUGUCCUUUCCUGGCAGUGGAAGGACAUUACUCAUGUCCUGAGUGAGGCAAAGCAGAAUGAUGAACUUCUGAUUGGUGUGAAAAUGGCCUUGACUGGCCGCUAUUCCUGGAGGAGGAUGCCGUCCUGCUAUGAACCUUACAUCCUGGUGUAUGCCAAUGACUCUGCUAUUUCAGAACCAGAGAGUGUUGUUUCUAGCUUGCAAGGACACCGAAAUUCCCUGGUUGAGGGCUUCCCCAGACCCAAAAGCCACUCAAAGAGCAGCCUUGGUGAACAGCGACAGAAACGUUCCACCAACAUCCUGUUGCUCUUGCAGAACAACGAGCUCCCAGGUGCCGAGUACCAGUACAAUGAGGAUGAGGGAUGGGAAGACAGGAAACCCUACAAAACCCUCCAGCCGCGGCUGGCAGAGAGGACAAAGGGUAAGAAAAAGCAGAGAAAGAACAACAACCAGAAGAGCCAAACACUCCAGUUUGACGAGCAAACCUUGAAGAAGGCAAGAAGGAAGCAAUGGAACGAGCCGAGAUACUGUGCGCGGCGCUAUCUCAAAGUGGAUUUUGCAGACAUUGGCUGGAGCGAAUGGAUUAUUUCCCCUAAAUCCUUUGAUGCAUAUUACUGCUCAGGUGAAUGCCAAUUCCCCAUUCCAAAGGUCUUGAAGCCAUCAAACCAUGCCACCAUCCAGAGCAUAGUGAGAGCAGUUGGGGUCAUCCCUGGUAUUCCUGAGCCUUGCUGCGUUCCUGACAAAAUGUCUUCUCUCAGCAUCCUAUUCUUUGAUGAAAAUAAGAACGUGGUGCUUAAGGUCUACCCCAACAUGACAGUGGAGUCCUGUGCAUGCAGAUAACGUCCCAGAUGAGCCCUUUGAAAUGUCUAAAUUGAGCUGUUGCUUUUUCUUUUCUCCCCCGCCAAUGCAUUUCAUUCAAAAAAUAGAUUUAUAAAAAACCUGAAUAAGAGCGAAGAUACUGAAUGGAGAUACCCAGGCAGGGGAACUUAAACUUAACUCACCCUUGGGUCCGACUGAGAAGUAAGCUUUGGCAACUGGGACUAACUAUUUCUGUUAUAAUGUACAAACGAAAAGUGAAAUUUACAAAGGACUGUUCAAGAUUUUUUGGAACUGGCAGGAGGACAACGUUGACUUAUUUUUGUACAAGGCUUUGAAAAUGGCAGCCACUGUUUGAUUUUUGUCUCUGUUCUUCUAAUGACUAAUGGGGAGGGAGAUUAAGAAAUACAUUAUACAUUUGAAGCUAGGCCUUGGGUUACUGAACAGCUCAGCAGCUGCUAAAUAAUCUGAACAAAUCUAACUUAUCCUAAGAGCCUUAGAAAAUCCAGCUUAAACGUUUAUUUCCUUGAUAUGACAUCAUUGAUUUCGCAUGUAUAUUCAUUUUUGUUCAGCAUGUUCUUUAGAAUUCAGCCCAUGUGACAUUCCUCCCCUCAGUUUAGAUGAUCUAAGUCCCAAUUAUGCUGCAUGAGAAGUUGUGAUGUCACAUAGAGAGGCUUUUCUCUCAUGCCAGAGUAUAGUGGGAAACAGUUGACCCAAAAGCCUAGCACAGUGAUUUUCAACCUGUGGUCCACAGACCCCUGGAGGGGUGCAGAUUAUGUCUAAGAAUGCUAAAGGGAUUCAUACCUCCAUUUGAAAUUUUUUAAAAUUUAAAAAAAUCCAUAUUUGAUCCAAAAAGUACGUCCAUGGCUGCUAUAACAAUAAACCCUGACCAGCUCUAGUCACUAAUCAUUAGCGAAACUGUCAAAAAGAAAAUUGCAUAGAGCAUUAGUGGGCAGCUAAGUCAGGAGUUCUGAUAUUUUUCUGAUAUUUUUCCUUUAGGUUUAGGUGCCAGUUGAAGACACAGGUUCUUUCCCAUCUGUUCCCAUGUAAUAUUGUUGAUGGUCAUUAGGGGCUAAGUUCUUUAUUGUGAUAUGCACCCUCACUUUCCAUUGAAGACAAUGGGAGCCGUUCAUCUGUACAUGAGGGUGGAAUUUGUCCUAAAUUUGUCUUUGUAAGUAUUGCAAUGUUUUUCCUUCUACAGGGCAGAUAAUUUGUGCCAUACACUACAGUAGGGAUGAUUUAUUUACCAACAUCCUUCCAGAAAGCCUGCAAUUCUAACAGUUCUGUAUUAGGGAAUUGUUAUGCAACUGUCUUAGUCAAUGUAUGUAUCUACUUCUAUUAGCAAAAAAAGGCUUUUAUUCUUGUUGUUAAGGAAAGGGGACUAUUUUAUGCUAUUGACUUCAUUAACCUGGACUGGAGGAAAAUAUUAUUCCACAGCCAGCCAGAAUUUUUUCCAGAGCAGUUUGGGUGGGGAGGGAAUGUUAGAAAAUUCUUAUCCUCGGUUUUCUAUGUGCUGUGUGUGGUUGAGAGAAAGAGAGUGAACAGACUCAUGGGCCUAAAUCCUGCCACAAUGUGAAAGGCAUCUCAGCCAGUUAGGCAGGCAUAAUUUAGGCAGCCAAGACACCCAGACUUCUAGUAAAGAUGCAAAAGAAGAAUAUCGCCUUUAUCAGUGUAGGGUGUAAGCCUGGAGCCUGAGACAGGAAAGGGUCAUUGCGUCUGACCAAAUAAAGGAGAGACUGCCACAGGAUGAGUUUAACCGGGAGGAGUAUGCUUCAAUGAACAAUGCCAUUUUAACCUGAGUUAACACACCUUCUAUCUGCAAUGAAGACAUGCUCUCAGUUACAACUGUCCAAGCCAGAGCAUCCCCAUUAACAUCAGUUACUUUGAAUUAGCAGAGGCAUGUAACAGAGCACCAUCUGGCUGUCACUUAUCCGUUUCAUAGGCUGUCUCGGAACUUACAACUUUUAUGUGAGUUUCAGGAUUUUGGCCCCAUGUUCCAUCAGUUCUGUACCUGCAAAAGCAACAAUAAAGAAUUCCAAACCACCACAGAAGUGUAUCAAAUUAAAAACGGCUAGCGCAAUACAUAACUGUUCAGUAUACAAACAUGAGAGUUGGCCUUUACCAGCUCCUAGAAGGAUUCUCUUCCCUAGAUUUUUCAUAUUCAGUAGAGCAAGGAGCUGACUUUGAACAUGGUUGUUAAGCAAUCCAGGCCCUGGUUCUUGCAGUUUCCAUUCCUGUCAAAUUCUUAUUAAGAAAGGCCUUCAAUUUUCAAAGGGUACAUGAGUUCACAGUCUGCUUUUCAAAAUGCCAUUGCAGUCAAUGGUCCUAUUGGCUUCUUACAACCAUCCUGUCGUACAGCACUGUUGAGAUUUCAUUCAUUAUCUUUUGAUGCCCCUUCUGGGGUACUGGUAGUGAUUAAGGGUAAAGAAAGUCCUGUCCUGCCAUUCUUAUUUAUGUGACUAGUCCCAUUGAUUUUAACAGAAGUCCCAUGGAAUGCUUCUCCACUAUUUGAGGUCGAAAUUCUGCUUGGUGUAACUGAAUGCAGAAUCCAGACCUAAUUAAUUAUAAGGUCUCAAACUGUGUCCUAUGGUUGUGUUGUUUUUUAAAUGUUAUGACUUUUAAAACAGGGGUCACAUUCAGUUGAUGGUGGAAGUGGUUACAGCAUCAGUGGCUUUAGUUAGUCUAAUGUUUGCAACUCUGUUUUGCCUGAUUCUGCUCUGAUGCUCAAUUUCACUGGUUUAAUGCCAUUGACUUCAAAGGUGUUAAACCGAAUUUGCAGUGGUGUAAUUAAGUUCAAAUUCAAACUAUCAUUACAAAGGAAAAAUAACCAUCUCUGACUCUUAUCAGACCUACUACUUUCUCACCUGUGUCCACAUGCACACUCUGCAAUCACCCCAGGAAACCCCUCUCUCGUUAACCAUGGAUAAGUGACAGAUGUUUUGUGCACAAAACUUUUUCAUUUGUACUUUCCAGUGAAAGUUUCUGAAUAAAGCAAUGUCUCCUUAGCCAUUUA